AUGGCGGCGCUGGCGGCCCUUCUGCGCGGCGGCGCCCGCGGCCCCCUGCUGCGGAGGCAGGUGCAGGAAAUAAGAUAUGUGGAGCGAAGUUACGCAUCAAAACCUGCAUUGAAUGAAGUGGUCAUAGCAAGUGCUACAAGGACACCCAUUGGAUCCUUUCUGAGCAGCCUUUCCUCCCUGCCAGCCACUAAGCUGGGCUCCAUUGCCAUUCAGGGAGCCAUUGAAAAGGCAGGAAUACCAAAAGAAGAAGUGAAAGAAGCAUACAUGGGGAACGUUAUUCAAGGAGGGGAAGGACAGGCCCCCACACGGCAAGCAGUGCUGGGUGCAGGCUUGCCUAUUUCUACUCCAUGCACCACUAUCAACAAAGUUUGUGCCUCAGGAAUGAAAGCCAUCAUGAUGGCCUCUCAGAAUCUUAUGUGUGGACAUCAGGAUGUCAUGGUCGCAGGUGGGAUGGAGAGCAUGUCCAAUGUUCCCUACGUGAUGAACAGAGGAGCAACUCCAUAUGGUGGGGUAAAGCUUGAAGAUUUGAUUGUAAAAGAUGGGCUAACUGAUGUCUACAACAAAAUUCAUAUGGGUAACUGUGCUGAGAAUACUGCAAAAAAGAUGAAUAUUUCACGAGAUGAACAGGAUACUUAUGCUAUUAACUCCUACACCAGAAGUAAAGCAGCAUGGGAAGCUGGGAAGUUUGGAAAUGAAGUUAUUCCUGUCACAAUUACAGUAAAAGGUAAACCAGAUGUAGUGGUAAAAGAAGAUGAAGAAUAUAAACGUGUUGAUUUUAGCAAAGUUCCAAAGCUGAAGACAGUUUUCCAGAAAGAAAACGGCACAGUCACCGCUGCCAACGCCAGCACGCUGAAUGACGGAGCAGCUGCCGUGGUUCUGAUGACUGCAGAUGCAGCCAAGAGACUCAAUGUCAAACCACUGGCAAGAAUAGCAGCAUUUGCUGACGCUGCUGUAGAACCUAUUGAUUUUCCAAUUGCACCUGCAUAUGCUGUACCUAAGGUUCUUAAAGCUGCAGGACUGAAAAAAGAUGAUAUUGCAAUGUGGGAAGUAAAUGAAGCCUUCAGUCUGGUUGUACUAGCAAACAUUAAGAUGCUGGAGAUUGACCCCCAGAAAGUGAAUAUCAACGGAGGAGCUGUUUCUCUGGGACAUCCAAUUGGGAUGUCUGGAGCCAGGCUUGUCACUCAUUUGGUUCACGCCUUGAAGCAGGGAGAAUAUGGUCUUGCCAGUAUCUGCAAUGGAGGAGGCGGGGCUUCUGCCAUACUUAUCCAAAAGCUGUAA